CAAGUAUCAUACAACAAGGACGUUUACGCCAUGAAGACUUUUCUUUGAGAAAUCGGGAGGCUUUUCAAGAAAAAUCAGAGUUUCUAUCAAACAAGAGUACGCGCAUCAAGGACAGCAAAUCAAAUGUAAAAGCUUAUCCAGAUUGCAACAUAUUAAAGAGGGCAAAGAAGAGCUACCUCAAAUAUUUGUGGAAAGAAAAGGGGAAUCAAGAAUUCUACGGCUGAAAUUGAAGAAACAUGAGUGCAAGCAAUUCCUCUAAUGAAAUCACAGCUGACCCCCUCGGACGAAGCGAUGUCCAAAUCGGGGUUGAAGUCGCCUUCGCUGUGUUGAUCUGUCUGAUCAGCUUUAUUGGAAAUUCCUUGGUUGUUUACGCCAUUCACCGCGAUCGCAGACUUGACACCAUAACGAAUAUGUUGAUUGAAAAUCUGGCGUUCAGCGAUAUUCUUAUGGCGUUGCUGCAUAUGCCAUUUUGGAUAGUAAGUCUUCGGUAUGGAAAAUGGAUCUUUGGUCACGUGCUUUGUCAAAUGGUUGGGGUCACACAACUCAUUUUUGGAAUUGUGUCACUGUUGACAAUGACAGGAAUUGCCAUCAAUCGUUACUUCAAGGUCGUCAAACGCAAACUGUAUAUUAAGUUCUUCUCCAACAGGAAAGCAACAUACGCGGGAAUUGCGUUUUGUUGGUUCGCAUCUACUGCUGUAAACACACCGCAAUUGUACGGCUGGGGAAAAAUUGACUAUCAUGUCAAUUUCUCCGAUUGCACCUGCGUCUGGGCUUUGGAUGAUGUAUCAUUCAUCAUAUUUUUGUGCGCUGCUACAAUCUUCAUUCCAGCCACAAUCAUAUUCAGCUGCUACUUUGUGAUUUACAGAACUGUCCGUGAGAGCGCACGUCGUGUACACGGGCACGCAGCCUUACCGAACGCCACCAAAACCGAAGACAAGACCGAAAACAAAGUUUUGAAAACAUCGCUAGUGGUGGUUUGUGUCUACAUGAUUUGUUGGACCCCUCUGUCAGUAAUUGGCUUCAUAGAGGUUUUCGGAUCAAGAAGUCCACGAAUGUUUUAUUACCUGGCUUACGUCCUCGUCUACUGCAGUAAUAUGACGAAUCCGUUCAUUUACGGGAUAAUGAACCCCCAGUUCAAGAACGCAUUUGCUUGUAUACUGCAACUACGGGAUUCUACUGCUAGUGAAGCCGAAAGAGUGUCGGUAUCGCGAAAUAUAGCUUCUAACGUGGACCUGGCAGAAACAUAUAUUUCAACUGCACAAGCAGUGCCUGUGUAAACUAGUCAUCAUUACGCUUAUCGCUUUCAUGGAAGGAAAAGUAUCUGCAAACAUCUAUAGUCAUAGCAGUUUUGUUCAGGGAAAGAUUUCUGAGGCACACUCUAGUAAGCGGACAGUUCUCUGCUCUGGCCGCCCUGGACGCGUCACAACAAUAAGAUAUGUGGAAAUUGUUUUUAGCUGAAAUUAGAAUAUGUUGAUAAUUUGGCAAGGUGUACAGGCAUCAAGCAAAGAAGAACAAACAAAACCAGGAGUUGAAGGAUAUUAAGAUAUUUUACGCAGGUUAUAAGCUCGAAAAGUUAAAGCUAAUUUGUUAGGUGUUUGCAAGGUGAAGAGUUCUUCUAUUUCAAAUUUAGUUCUUCAUAGUUUCGUCAAACUACGAAAGAAAACAGCCCGAACGCUUAUUUGUUUUGUUUUGUUUUUUUUUAAUUAUUAUUUUGACUAUUUUUCUAAGAGCCCGAAUGAAAAGUCUAUAAAGUAAUAUCAUGAUAUCUCCAUAAUUUGCAUACCUUUUCUUUAUGGAUUUGCCCAAACGGAAUCCCAGACGUGGUGAGAAGCUGAUCCGUUAAUAAAACGAAAAAGUUGUUUGAGUAAGAAGACGCAUUCAUCAUAAGUCUUUAUCCCAAAUCUCUGCAUAAUACGAAUCCCCCCCCUCUCCUUUUCCAAAAAGGGGAACUAGAACAAACCACUAGAACAAGAACUAGAACUGAGUUAAACAACGGAACAAGUAAAGCAUCAAUUAGCAAGUAAAGCAUCAAUUAGCUUUUUGAAUAAGUGAAUAAAUAAACAAAAUUAACACACCGUAUUGUCGAUCAUGAUCCGCUCAAGGCUCAACAAGCCCUUAAUGUUAGUAGAUAACCAGAAUAUUGUAUCUGAAUUGAUUGCGUAGUACAUUUAACCAUUUUACUUUGAAAAUAUACGAAGAUUGAUGUGUAUGAUGACAUUUCCAAGCAACUUAUGCGGCAUUGUGAUAAGAGUUUAUCUAAAGUAGUCUAAGUUUAGUAUAUAAAAAAUAUCUAAAACAAAAUUAACUAGCAAAAAGAACAAUAUAACGAUAAAUUACGUGUAAGGCCCGGAUGAUAUAUUUUAGGUCAGGUCUUUUGGGAUUCUGACGAUUUGUACAUUACUCAUUACGAUGACAAAACUUUCCUAGCUAGGAAAUCAGAAGUAAAUAGCGUGGUAAUGUAAAAAGGUAAUAAAAAGGUUGAAUAAAUUAAAAGCGUAACGUAAAAAUUGCUUUGA